AUGCCUCGUGAAGCGGAACUUUCGCUCAAUGAGCGCGAGUUCAUUCUCCAGGCCCUUGGCGAAAACAUUCGCCUCGAUGGCCGCGCCUUCGACGCCUUCCGCGACCUUGAAUUGACUUUCGGCGAUGAGUACGGCGUUGCUGAUGUCCGUUUGGGCAAGACUAGAAUACUGGUUCGCGUCUCCGCAGAUGUUACGGCACCUUUCGCGGACCGCAAAUUCGAUGGUGUCUUCAACAUCAGCACCGAGUUCUCACCAAUGGCCUCGCCCGCCUUCGAAGUAGGCCGGCAGACGGAGGCUGAGGUUAUCCUCUCGCGAAUCCUCGAAAAGGCCAUUCGCCGCAGCGGCGCCCUCGACACCGAAUCCUUAUGCAUCGUCGCCGGCUCGAAAUGCUUCUCCGUACGCGCCGAUGUGAAUAUCCUCGACCACGACGGGAACCUCAUCGAUGCUUCCUGCAUCGCCAUCAUCGCCGCAUUGCAGCACUUCCGCCGCCCGGACAUCGCUGUGGAAGGAGAGAAGGUGACGGUCUUUAGCCCGAGAGAGCGCGAGCCUGUACCACUCUCGAUGCUGCACCAUCCGCUCUGUGUCACUUUCUCGUACUACAACAACGGAGAAACGAUGCUGGUGGACGCCACGGCGGCGGAAGAGCAGGUGCGCGAAGGCGAGAUCAUCAUCACGAUGAACAAAUUUGGCGAGAUCUGCCAGAUCGCAAAGUAUGGAGGCGUACCUGUCGACCCUUUGGCAAUCCUGCAGUGCAACAACGUGGCACUCAGCAAAGUGCAAACAAUCACGAAAUACAUUCAAGGGAAGUUAGAGGAAGACAGCAAGAAGAGGGAUAAGGGAGGCUUGAUGGCUGAGCUUAGCGCUGAGAACGAGAGAUGA